ACUAAGGCGAAAAGACGUGCAUAGAGAAACAAGAGAACGAGAAGGACAAGAUGAUGCGGGAAGGAUGAAGGCACCAGGAGGGAGGCGCAGGAAGCAGAUUUUGAUCCAGCUCUGAAGGGUGGAGGGAUGUGGACCAGCAGGGACAGGGGACAGUGUCGUGAGCCCCAGCCCAGAGCCAGGCCCGCAAGGCAGCCAUCAGAAGAUGAUUUGUGAAGGUAAACUGAGGCUGGAGUGUGGAGGAGUGUGAACCGCAUCGUAAGGUGUCUGGAUUUCCUCCUCAAGUCAAGGCUUCAGAGCCAAAUUCCUCCAAACAAGUUUUUCCUCCACAGAGUGGUUUUUAUUCGCAUUUGUAAAUUAGAGGUCAAUGUUUAGAAAUCAAGAAUGAUGGGAUCACCGCUUCGAUGCUAAACCUCUCUGAAACAGCCAGACCAAGCCUCUGCUGCUUGGCUGCCUGGCACCGUUCGUCAGGUGGGUCCUUGCUUGUGGUCUUUACCUGCGUGAUCCCAGGCAGCCUAGGCUAAGGCCCUCGCCCUGGCCUUUGGGGACCCCCAAAGGACCUCAGACUUGGAGGGCAGGGAGCAGAAUUAUACUUGUGGUUCCGAAAGCCCAGCAAAGGAUGAUUAAUGUGAGUGAUAAUGACACUGGCAAUGAGAAAGAGAAAGGGGAGGGAGAGGAAGAAGAAUGGCUGAUAUUUACUAAGCUUUUACAAGGUAGCGCGCGGCCCUAUGAACUUGACAAACAUUAACCCAUUUUGUUCUCACCACAAGUUUUUGAGCUUAUUACCCUCAUUUUUCAGAUGAAGAAACUGAGGCACAGAGAGGUAAAGUUAUUUGCCUAAGGUCACACAUCUGGGAAGUGGCAGAGCCAGGUGGGCUGGAUCCAGAACCCACAGCACUGGUGAGAUGGGGGCCUGUGAGUGUCCUUGGCCCCUCAUCCUAUGAGGCUGUCUAUUUUGGAAGGUGAGGAUAUGCCCCAAGUCUGUCCCCCAUCUGGGUUUUCCCUGUGUUUUCCCUGCCCUGUGUUUUCCCCUGCUCCUUGCAGGAAGACCAGUUUUCGUAGUCCAUGGAGCAGGCAGGGCAGAAGGGCAGAGUCAUUCAAGAGCCGGCUCAGGUGGCUGGGCCACAGUGCCCUGCUCAGCCUCCCCGUCUGCUGACUGCGGACCUCACAGUGGGGCCCGGAGACCUGAGCAGGAAGAAAAGAGACUCAGGAGGACCUCAUGCUGCACCUGCUGCCAUGGCUCCGCCUGCCCCACAACUGACCACACCCAACCCUCCCAGCCCCGUGCAUUUGCAAAAGAGAAAACAGAACACGCACACAAAUAAUAACCAACCCCGUGGGUUUCCUGGCAUCGGGUGACUGUUUGGUCAAGAGCUUCCUCCCUCUUGGAGCACCGGCUGGACACUCCUAAUCCCUCCAGCUGCCGCUGGCUCAGGGGGCUGAUCACAAGCUCGGCUCUCGGGGAAAGCAUCGAGGCACCCAAGGAAGCCAGCCGCCAAGAUCUUGUCAGCCCUGGGCCCCCGUGGCCACCCUCUGCCAGCUCAAAGUCACCUUUAUUUCAACUCUUCCACCGGCCUGGCUGGCAGGAGCCAGCCCAGAACCCCCUCCCUCCCAGCUCAGCAGGAACCAGGAACCAGCCCCUAUUGGGCAAUCAUUAAUCGGAUUCUUGACAUUCCUCUGCCCCAGGUUGGCUUGGGAAUAUGCUCCCCAGAGGAGGGGGAGCAGAGGCCCAGGACUGGCAUCUGGACAUGCAGCUGACAGGCAAGGUGGUGCUGUCUGCCGCUGCCCUGCUCCUGGUGACCGCAGCCUACAGGCUGUACAAGUCGAGGCCUGCCCCGGCCCCGCUGGGGGGCAGGAACACCAAGGCGGGGAAGGAGACAGAGGGCUCUGGACAGCCUGCUGGCCAGGGGGCUGUUUCCAGGCUGCCCCAGCAAGGCCUGAAACGCCGGCGGGGAAGCAAGGGGGCCGGAGUGCCGCGGGGAUGCAGCUGGGAGAAUCCAGGGGGCUCUGGAGUCCUGGCCACGGAAGUUCCUUCCAAAGACUCAGAAGCCGGAGAGACUGGGAAAUCUGAGACAGAAGGUGCUGGCGAGGAGCACGGCAGGCAGUGCCCAGAUGCUGACCUGGCAAAAACUCCACGCGGUGGCCGGGAAGCCAGAACACCUGUUGGCGGUAAGCCCGAGCUGUCCAAUUGCCCCGCUUUGUGCAGUGAACCCCAAAGCUCCCCAACUGGCCUGAUUGCAGUGGACAGUGGCCACGGUGUGGGUGGUAAGCCCCCUCCAUGGCAGGAGAGCGGACCUCCCGAGCAGCCGGGGCCUGGGGGGCUGGAGUCCCCCCACCAGGGCUGGGUGGCCCACACAGAAGGCAAGAGUGACAUGAACAAGAGCUGGGUCUUUACCCAUGUGACAGGGGUCCACAGGGAGGAGGCAGGGGCUCUCCGGGCUGCCUCAGACGUGGACCUGGCCCUCUAUCAGCAGCAGGGAGCCACUGAUGCCUCCUAUACCUUCUCGUCAGUGGCCCGGGUUCGAGUGGAGGAGAAUUUCAUCGCGGCGGAGAAGGCAGAGGGAAUCAGGCCCAGGCUGAAGGGCAAGGUGUAUGAUUACUAUGUUGAAUCCACCUCUCAGGCCACCUCCAGGGACAGGCUGGCCCCCAGAACAGCAGCCCUGGCUGAAUCCCCUCCCCCCGUGUCCGUGCCAGGCCCCCCAGGAACAGGGGCAGCCUCCGGGGGCCAGGCCGAUGACAGAGCAGGUAGAGCGGAGACAACCGCCCCCCUGCCGCCUGUGCUGCCAUCCUCCACGCAGGGCUUCAGCAGGAAGGAGAGCCUCCUUCAGAUCGUGGAGAACCCAGAACUCCAGCUGCAGCUCGAUGGCUUUGGGGACCGAGCUCUAGCCUGCCCAGACCAGAGUGCCCUGCUCCGCUGCCCCAUAUCCUCAGAGUCUCUUGGGUCCAGCUCAGCUGGAAGCAGCGAGAAGCCACAGGUGCAUGCUGUGGCUGGGACCAAUUUCUUCUACGUCCCGCUCAUCCCUGGAUCAGCCCCCGAUGUCCACCUGGACCUGGGCAAUUGCUAUGAGGUGCUGACCUUGGCCAAGAGGCAGAAACUGGAGGCCCUGAAGGAGGCCGCCUACAAGGUCAUGAGCGACAACUACCUCCAGGUCCUGCGAAGCCCGGACAUCUAUGGGUGCCUGAGCGGGGCGGAGCGGGAGCUGAUCCUCCAGCGACGGCUCCGGGGCCGCAAGCACCUGGUGGUGGCCGACAUAUGUCCCCAGGAAGAUUCCAGCCGCCUCUGCUGUUACGACAGUGAGCAAGAUGCCUGGCACCCGCUGGCCCGUCUGCCCCCGGAGGCCGUGUCCCGGGGCUGUGCCAUCUGUAGUCUCUUCAAUUAUCUCUUCGUGGUGUCCGGCUGCCAGGGGUCCGGGCACCAGCCCUCCAACCGCGUCUUCUGCUACAAUCCGCUGACAGGCAUCUGGAGUGAGGUGUGCCCGCUGAACCAGGCUCGGCCGCACUGCCGGCUGGUGGCCCUGGACGGGCACCUGUACGCCAUCGGGGGCGAGUGCCUGUACACGGUGGAACGCUAUGACCCUCGCCUGGACCGCUGGACCUUUGCCCCGCCGCUGCCCAACGACACCUUCGCCCUGGCACACACGGCCACGGCAUGUGCGGGAGAGAUCUUUGUCACCGGCGGCUCGCUGCGUUACCUGCUGCUCCGCUUCUCCGCCCAGGAGCAGCGCUGGCGGGCGGGCCCCACCGGGGGUGGCAAGGACCGCACGGCCGAGAUGGUGGCGGUCAAUGGCUUUCUCUAUCGCUUUGACCUCAACCGCAGCUUGGGCAUCAGCGUGUACCGUUGCAGCGCCAGCGCCCGCCUCUGGUACGAGUGCGCCACGUACCGGACCCCUUACCCGGACACCUUCCAGUGCGCCGUGGUGGACCACCUCAUCUACUGUGUGGGGCGCCAGCGCAUCCUCUGCUUCCUGGCUGACUCCGUCUCGCCCAGGUUUGUGCCCGAGGAGCUGCAGAACUUCCCCUCCCCGCAGGGCACCCUGGUGCCCACCGUCCUGACCUUGCCUGGCCCUGAUGUGCCCCAAACUAGGGUCUAGCGGCCCCUCUGCUGGACUCCCUCUGCAAAACCAGAAGCAAAAAGUGCUCCCCACACACCCCUCUGUGGGCCAUUUCUGGGAGAUCAGACAGCCCAGGAAUCUGACCAAGAGGUGAGUUCCAGUCCUACCCCCUCCACUGGCUGGUUUUCUUAGCUGUGCCUUUGCCCUCGCUGGGCGGCAGAAGCCCAGUGUGAAAGUGGAACUCGGGACUGGUGCUCCGAGGCCAAGGCCACCUGCAGAGAUGGCCACCACCUUGCUUCAGAUCUGAAUUUGGGGAGGGGGUACAGGACCCCAGAAAAAUUGAGGGCUCUGCCUUAUCACAGUCAUGGUUUCAGGGACCACUUGACCCCCCAGUGACCCCUCAAGCUGAUGCUGCUGGAUCUGGGCCAGCUCUCUAUAAGCCACCAGAGCCUCUUCCUAAACAUUGGCCACUUGGCCCCAACAUCCAAGGUUCCCAGAGUGCCUGGGACACACAGGUGAGGAAAAGGGAGGGAGGCUGUUCUGGCAGGACCAGAGAAGAGCCCAGAGGGACCCGGUGAGCCCAGCCAGGAGAAGAGGUGGUCAGAGAAGCAGAACAGCUAAAGUUGGACCCACCCUUGGGGACUCUUGCCUACAAAGUAAAUUGGCCAAAAUCCAUUUCACUCUUUCUCAUUACCUGGAAUUCUAGUCUCCUGGAAGGAGGAGAAGCCUCCAUGUUUAGCAUCCAUUUGAAAAGACACAUUUUCUGGGUCUGAGGAGAAUACAAUUGAUUUUGCAUAUGAGAUCUCAGGAAAGAGAGGAAAAAAUGCGAUCCAAGGGCCACCUUCCCGUUGGGGCCGUUGCUGUGUGACCACUGCUCUCUCUCCCCAGAUUUCAGAAGCCUUCACAAUACCACUCCCCAUACAGCUCAGCCCUCGCCUUGGGAUCUGGGGACAGCUACUGCCAGUCAGCCCUUCCAGGUGAGAGGCGAUGGCAUCAUUCAUCCUCCUGUGCCUUGUGAUCACCUGGUCUGCCUCGUUAGACAGGAGAGGACCAGAGAGGGGCAGGUCCAUGAUGGAGCUGAGGAACUAGAAGGUUCUAGUGGUGCAUCAGGCGACUGGAUCUCCUUUGACAUCGGGGUUGCAAAUUCUCAAGGGGAAGAAAGCUUCCAACCUCAGGAAAUUACCUUUUCUUCCUGGAGGGAAAAGAGAGAGACUGGUCUAGUCUAUGACCUCCAGCCUGUCCCAUCUCCAAGGGAGAUGCAUAUUCAGACAGAAAGCAGUGAUGCUUUUGGUCCCAGCAAGAGGCCAGGGAAGCUAGGACUACUUCUAAAGGGACAGGCAGCAUGAGGAAAGGCGUAGAGAAGGAAGGUGCACCAGAGCUGGCCUGAUAGAUGCUCAGACUUCGGCAUCCCUGUCUUCAAAAUAGGAAGGACAAUCCAAGUCCUUUUCUGCCUGAGGGAUAAAGGUGAGCACGUGGAGGAAGUUCUUCCAAGUUUCAUGGGUCCUGGCAGGAAUUUGUGCUCACUGCAGCUGCUGGGGCUACGCUGGGGGUCUGUUGGGAAGAUGCAGAAUUGGAACCAAGAAUGUGAAGGAGGUUGGCGUGGAGAUGAAAGCUUUUCUUGGACCACACAAGGCCAUCUUCCCUCUUCUAGAGCCUGGGAGGCAAGGCUGCUUAGUUUAUUUCUAAGUUGGAGGCUGGGACUAUGGCUGGAGCCUGGGGAGAGGGACCUCCCAGCCCCUGAAUGUGCUUAAGCUCAGAGGUAACCCUCAGGCAUGAGACUCCAAGGGACCUAGGGGGAAGGGGGAUUGAUGCCAGGUGGGGAGAAGAGUUUGCUUAGGAGAAGAAUCCCAUCUGGGAUCUGGGGCAGGUGGAGCCAGAUCCAGCCCCAGGAGCCAGGUAGAGGAUACGACCUCAACCAAGCUGGGUAGAGUGCAGGGAGGGCUCGGAGCCAGGGGUGAGCUAGGGCUCACUCUGGGAAAACUUCCAGAAGCCCAUCGCCUACAUGUGGCAGGACUAAGGAAAUGCAUCGCAGGAUAAGGCAGCACAGUUUGUUCCAGACCCAGUGAUGGCAGAUAUGGUCUUCCUGAUGAGAGAGCUGAGACUCGGGCCUGUGCUGAGACAGAAAGUCUGCCUCACAUCUCGUCUGCCUCCUGUGGUCCCAUGGCAGACAUUGCUAACCGAUUACCGUGUCUUUUCUUGAUGAGCUCUUUCAAUGGCCUCAGAACUGUUUCAACACAGGACCCCAGGCAGUCAUUACUGAGAGAUUAGAGCUAGUGUGUUUCUCAUUCCUGGCCUCCAGAGCGGGGUUUAGGGAUGAGAGUUGUCAGGGCCAUUGUGGUAAGGUAAGGUAGUUCAGGGGGCCUGCCAAGACCACCUUGGGGCCAUGAUGGUUGGGGUUCACUUACAGAAUGUUUAAGACAGGGCUGCUCCAGGUGCUGAAGAUACAGCACCUUCCCGCCCUCAGAAAAUUAAAGAGAGAGAGAGAGAGAAAGAGAGAAAAAAAAAAAAAAAAGUAGAAGCCAGGCAUACAGGCCAUAGAGAAAGAUAAGGCAGGACAGAUGGAUCAUGUGAUCAGAAUCCCUGAUAAGGGAGUUCCCAUCGUGGCUCAGCGGAAACCAACCCUACUGAUAUCCAUGAGGAUGCAGGGUUCAAUCCCUGGCUGUGCUCAGUGGGUUAAGGAUCCGGUAUUGCUGUGAGCUGUGGUGCAGGUCACAGACACUGCUUGAAUCCCCCGUUGCUGUGGCUGUGGUGUAGGCUGGCAGCUGCAGCUCCAAUUCAACCCCGAGACUGGGAACUUCCAUAUGCCACAGGUGCGACCCUAAAAACAAAAAGAAAAAAAUAGAAUCCCUGAUAAGAAGAUGCUGGGCAGAGCCCUGAGUGGAAAUCUGGGAGAUGAGUGAAGGGUUUGGCCACACCAGUGGGAAGGCAGGACUGUCUCCCAGGCGCCCCAUCCUGGGUGUGAAGAGUGUAGGAGCCCAGCUAUUCUGCUUCAGUCUUUCAUAUAGUGGAGAGAAAGCCCCUGCACCAGCAUUUAUGAAAGAGGGUCCUUGGGCCAAGGGUCAGGGAGUGCCGGGGUGGGGGGUGGGGGGGGAAGGCUACUUUCCCAAGAGAGAAGCAGAGUUUGUACAUUUAACGAUGAGGGUCAAAAUAACACCCGGACGCCACACCUGAAUGUGCAGCUGGGUGUCAGCCAGACCCCAUUAUUCCGUGGGGUCAGAGGAUUUCCACUUGACCGCUCUGAAUAGCCUUCUCUGUUGCCUUCUAGCCCUCAGCCUCGAAUGACCUGUGUGGCACUCGGCUUCUCCGUGGGCCAUCUGCCCUGCUUUCCCCAUAAGAGUUCUUUGUUCUUUAGAAAAACAAAAAACAAAAACAAACUUAGGUUUUGGUGGCUUUCCACAUUAGGCGAACCAUGUCUUUAGAGACACAAAAAAAUUGGGACAUAAAGAAAGGUAUAAAAAUGUUGACUUAAGAAAAAAUGCACAACUUGAAAGUUGAGAGUUGAGUUUUAUUUGGGGCCAAACGAGGAUCUAAGCCCAGGAGACAGCAUCUCAAGGAGAUGAACCUGAGAAACUGCUCCAGGAGGUGAGGCAGGGAGGAAGCCAGGAUAUAGAGGAGUUUUUGCAACAAAGGGCAGACAGCAGGAACAAAAGAGGUCUGGGCUCAUCGAGAUCAUUCCUUUGACAUGCACCUUCGCUAUCUGGACCAGUAUCCCGAGUUUUCACAGCCCUUGGGGCUCACCAGCUCUCACCCUUGGAGGUGACUGCAUUCGCAGAUGACCGUGACAUUCUGGGUUUAUCCUUAACUACAGCCCAGGCAGUAUUUCAAAUAACUCUAAAAUAGUGCCUAGAGAGGAAACGGGGGCUAUCAGGAUAUGAUAAAGGUGAGGGGAGGUGCGUGCAGCACACACAUAUUUGCAAACAGGUCUUGCUCGUCUCCUGAAGGUCAUGACCAGUCACAAGGAGCAGACAUCACCAUGAAGGAUUUUAGUGUUUUUCUAUGCAUGAGGAGAUGCAAGAAUUGGGCACAUAAAAUCUUCUCCUAAAAAUAUCUGACCAUCUGAAAACCUGUUCUUCCCGUUUUCCUAGAGCACAGAGCGCCUCCCUCCUGGUCUCCCCCUGAGCUCUGCUCUGGGGCUGCUGCAGGUGCGCAGCUGCUGUGGCUCAUGAUUUAACCCAUGUAGAGGCUGGUGGCAAGUGCCAGAUUUCAGAUCACAGAAAAAGACUCCCCACUGUUCUCUCCCAAAGAUAAACCCCGGCUGUGGGACAGGCCCCUCUGCUCUGCUUUUCCUGUGCAUCAUGUUUGUUUGGCCUGAUUUUUUGCCUUGGUGUGAUUAUGCUGAAUAUACAAUUCAGUUGCUUCUUUUUUUCACUUAACUCUAUAGAAUAAGCCUUUUCCCAUGUUAUUACAAACCCUCGGUAAACAUCAUUUCAAUAGUUGCACAAUAUUCCAGCCCGUGGAUGUGCCACGGUUUAUUUAAACAUUCCUCCCUCCUUUGAGCCUGUAGAUUUUUUUUCUGUUGGUUUCUUUUUCUAUCAUAAAUAAAACGUCCUUUGUUUUCGC